AAAAAAAAAGCCAUACUCACCGACCAGAGAUCGCCGGUCAUCUCCCCACUUCGCCGUCCACCACCCCCGCUCGAUCCCUUCCCAACCAACGCAUCCACUGCUCCUCCAGCCGGGCAGAGCGGAGGCGGCCGCUCGCGCGCGACGGCGGAUGCCGGCCACCUCCCCUAACCCUUAACCUCCCCAGUCCCCACCUCGCCGGCCACCGCCUCCGCACGAGCUCGACGGUGCACGCCCGCCUCCUCUCCUCUUCUCUGCGGACGUCGCUCGCCGUCUCUGUUCCCUGCCGAUCUCACUUCACCAUCGACAACAGGCCCGCGUAUGGCGGCCAGACACAACAUUCCUUAUUCUGUUCUUCCUACGGAGGACAGGGAUGAGGACAAUAUUGACCGUCGGUUCACAUACACCCCAAAAUCCUUGAGGAGGAUCCCGUGGAAGUCGAUUGCCCUAGCAUUAUUCCUCCUCUUCCUGGGAAGCUCUCUUCUGUUCCUUUCGUAUUUUAUAUUCACAGGUCACAUGGAGGGUGAUAGCACUCAGGUGUAUGGUCUAUUGUUCCUGGGUAUCCUUGCCUUUCUUCCUGGAUUUUAUGAGACCCGAGUUGCAUACUAUUCAUGGAGAGGAGCGCCAGGGUAUACCUUUGCGUCCAUUCCAGAUUAUUAGCCUUUGAUUGUAACUCAUCGACUGGCCAGUAAAUAUAUUGAACAGCAAAAACAAAAAUAUGAAGCUUCAUCGCGAAUGGAAUGAGCACGUGUUGUUAUGUUAGUACUAUAAAUAGUCAACAUGUAUGUGAAGCCACCUUCUGCUGACUCUAUUGUCACAUAACGAUGUUGUUUCGUGAGGCAGGCAAGACGUGCUGCAGUGCUAAAGCUGCUCCCUUGUGCUUUGGUUGCUUGUUCAUUGCUACGUAGAUUGGUUUUUGGAGUUACUUGAGAUAUGAUUAUAUAGCAUGUUAAUCUACAAA